ACAUUUUCGUCAGCGGCAAUUAGUUUUGUUAUGAUUUCGUUUUAUUUACAAACUAGUAUUAAUUAUAAACGACUUAAAAAAAUAUAUUAAUUAUAUGUAAUUGUAAAUAUUAAUUUUUUUUUCGUUAUUAUUUGCAGUUUAAUUUUUUUUUCUAUUUUAUUUAAAAAUGGUGCGGAGAAAAUCCAAUACUCCCAGUACCAAAAGACCGUCGAAUGCAUCAAAGCAACGGAAAUCUGAUCGAACAGAAGUUGUUGUUAAUAGAAAUCGCAGAGUAAGAAAUGGAGUACGCGCACUACAAGAAAUCAGAUAUUUAAGAAGAUCAACAAAAUUACUGAUACCUAAGUUACCAUUUUCAAGGCUAGUACGCGAAAUUAUACAUGAACUUUUUCCAAGGCAAGGUAUCGAUAGAAUGCAAGCGACAGCACUCGAAGCACUUCAAGAAGCGACAGAAAUGUAUCUCGUACAAUUUUUCGAAGACGCUGUUUUAUUAGCGUAUCAUUGCAAAAGAGUUACUUUGAUGCACAGAGACAUGAUACUUAUGCGAAGGCUUCGUGGACGCGAUGAUGUAAUUAAUAAAUGACUUUAUCAUGACAAAUUACCACUCGUUUGACAGACGAUAGAUAAUUUUUUAAUCACAAGUGUCACAAAUUAAAAUAACUGACAAUUCAUUGCCUUAAGAUUAAUAAUUAUUUUUUUAUUACUAAAUUAUAAAUACUAACUUAUAUUAUUCAUAUUAUAAUUUAGAUAUAUAUUUAUAUAUGUUUUGUAUUUUCUAUAUCUCAUAAUUGUGAAUAUAAUUAAUUGUAAUUGUUGAAUUUUUUUAUAAAAUAAUUAAUUAAUUAAACUAAUGAUUAAUAAUUAAAAUUAAUA